AUGAUUUCAUCAUCAGGUAAUAGAGGUGGUAGUGGAGGUGGACGUGGUGGUAGAGGAGGUGGUCGCGGUGGUGGUGGAGGAAGUGGUGGUAGCAGUUCUGAAGGAGGAGGAAGUAGUGCAAGUAGAGGAGGAAGAGGUGGUGGUGGACGUGGAGGAGGAGGAGGUGGUAGAGGAAGUGGCCAACAGCAACAAUUUACCUCUCAACGACCUCAACAAGCAUCAAGUAGUGGAGAAGGACAACGGCGAUUUGGUUCUCGUCCCCCUACCAGCUCAUCGGAACCUACCAGCUCAUCCUCGUUUGGGAGUAGGAGCAAUUUGAGCAGUAUCAAGAUUGCUAGUCGUUCUGUCAAUUCCUUGCAAACACCAAAGCAAGUCACAGGUGAGACAGGAAUUGUAACUUCCAAUGUCAUGGGCGAUGCAGGAACGCCUAUCAAGUUAUUAGCAAACUAUUUUGCCUUACAGUUGCCAGAAGGCUCUUUUUGUCAAUACGAUGUAAAAAUCACACCUGACUUGGACAACAAGAGGACAUGCUCUGUAUUGAUGAAGGACCUGCUGAAAGGAAUUGUGUAUGUUUAUGAUGGACACAAGAUCCUCUAUACGAAAACACCACUCACCAAAUUAACAACGGAAAAGUUUGAAAAAUCGAUCAAACACCAAGAUGUUACCUAUUCCUUCAAGAUUAGCUUUACUAGAUCACUCUCGGGUGCUGAUAUCCAUCCCUCUGUUUUACAGCUUUUUAACAGCAUUUUCAAAAAAGCUCAAAAGGCUUUGAAUUUCCAACAAAUCGGAAGAUUUUUCUACAACACGAGUGACGAUGUUGUUGUAAAGGUUCCAGCUCAUAAUGUUAAAAUUUUACCUGGAUCCAUUUCAACUACAUAUAUCAGCAAUAAGGGAAUUCUCUUUAAUGUUGAUAUCAUUUACAAGACCCUUAGAACAGAUACCGUUCUCCACAUGAUCUACGAUUUAGAGAAUAAGUUUGGUAAAGGUACUAGAAGGGUGAAAAAUGAUUUAAAGAAUACUGUCGUGCUUUGCUCCUAUAAUCACCGCACGGUUCACAUCGAUGAUGUGGAUUUCUCAGUAACUCCACGCAGCACUUUCAAAAAGAAAUCCGGAGAAAACAUUUCAUAUUUAGAAUACUAUAAGGAACAAUAUGGAAUUACCAUUAAGGACCCUAAUCAACCUUUACUUCUUCAUAGAGAUAGAAAAGAUAAAACAAGAAUUGAAUAUUACGUUCCAGAGUUGUGUCUCAUGACAGGCAUCACCGAUGAGAUGCGCAAGAAUUUCCGUGUCAUGAAGGAUAUUAAGCAAGCCACUGGGUUGUCUCCAAAUGAAAGAAUUCGCCAAAUUCUCAAAUCCGUGCAAGAAAGCAAUGAAGAUAAUAACUAUCACUCUGUUCUAGAUGAAUGGAAUAUUUCUAUUGAUGAUAAGGUAUUGGAAAUCAAUGGUAGAAUUCUUCCUUAUGAAAAGUUGAAAUUGGGUAACAAGAAGGAGAUUCAAUUACAAGGAACGACAUGGGAGAUUAAGAAGGAUGCAUUACUCAGACCAGUUAAAGUCGAAUCUUGGGUAAUGUUCUAUCCAAAAGGAACAAUCAAAGACGUGGAAAAUUUCCUUGACGUUCUCUAUCAGGUCAGUUCUCCUAUUGGCGUACAGUUCAGCUCGCCCUUGAACUGUGAAAUUUCUGACACAAGCGAGGAAGGAUAUGCAAAGGGGAUUACGGAAUUUUUGAAAAAGAAUACGGACAAGCAGAUUCAAUUUUGUUUAAUCGUUUUGCAUUCUGAUUCUAAAACUACGUAUGACGCAGUGAAGAAGGUACUCGUGAACGAGUAUGGAAUUGUGAGCCAAUGUGUCAAGAAGAUGACCAUUUCUGAGCCGAAAGGCAUUCACUCCAAAGCAACUAAAAUAGCAGUGCAGAUCAACUCGAAACUUGGAGGAGCUGCAUGGACUGUCGGAUUUACGUUCCCUGGACCUACCAUGGUCUGUGGAAUGGAUGUGUAUCACUCUGGUGAAAUUUAUACGAGAACUAAGGCCAGUUGUGUUGGUUUUGUUGCCAGUAUGGACAGUAGUAUUACUAAAUUCUAUACGAGAUGUAUUGUCCAGGAGGCAGGAAAGGAAAUUGUGAGCUCUCUUGCUCCAAUCAUUAAGAGUGCCAUGGAAAAGUUUAAGGAAAUCAACAAGAUCUAUCCAAAGAAUAUAAUAUUCUAUCGAGAUGGUGUCGGCGAAGGUCAAGUCGAAACUGUCCUCAAUACCGAGGUUCAUAGCUGUCAAAAAGUGAUUAAGGAAUUGAACAGCGACACUCAACUCACAUUCCUGACAGUGAUGAAGAGAAUCAAUACCAGAUUCUUUUCAUCAAAGGACAGCAGUGGCCAAGAUGUUACAAAUCCAAAGGCAGGAACUGUUGUGGAUACUGGUGUCACUGGUCCCAAUGCGAUGGAAUUUUUAUUAGUGUCUGUUGAUGUUCGUGAUGAGCAAGGAACUGCCACUCCAACCAAGUAUCAAACCAUUCUCAAUGAGGCAAACUUGGGUAUGAACUUUUUGCAACAACUAACAUUCAAGCUGUGUCACGUUUAUUCGAAUUGGUUUGGAACUAUAAGAGUUCCUGCUCCAUGCAUGUUUGCUCACAAGAUUGCAUACUUGAUUGGUCAGAAUACUCAUAAAGAGGAUUACCAACAAGUUUUGAAUGGCAAAUUGUUCUAUUUGUGA